AUGUUGUUAUUACUCCUCCUGGUACUGUCUUUUUACGAAUCCCUCACUCUUCGUAGCAAGUUCACCAAUGUGAGCGUAGAGUGCAGUCAUGACUUCUGCUCUCACAUUCGGGGAUGGCUCACCAAAAAAGGUGAGGUCAACCUGGAUAUCCACCUGAAUCGCACUUUGAGGAAUGGACUGAGGACUACACUAACACUGCUGCAACUGAUAGAUGGCCAAAAUCGGUACCAGAUACUUUUCAGCUACGACUUGGACACCUGCAAAACGCUGCGGGAACUUUUGCAAGCCAGUUUGAUGAAGGUCUGGCUGAGAAACGUGUUCAAGUACGGGAAUUUGGCCGACCGCUGUCCCAUACAGCCAGCCAACUUUGAGGUUCGCAACUUUCAGCUGGAGAACCACAGCAUUCCGGGGUAUUUGCCAGCGGGAUUCUACCGCCUCCAUGACACAAAUUACUACGGAAAGCCCAAGGGCAAGCAACGGCGUCCGGUGGCCACUUUCAUAUUGGAUAUAAAGUUCUAUUAA